AUGAAAUGCUAUUCAUUGAUGCGCGCGUGGCGCGCUCGCUCGGCUCUGCUGUGGAAAGUUUUCGCAGGGUUGAUCUCGCCUUCGAUCUCGCCGAAUGCCACACUGAGAGGAAACAGUAUUGCAUAUUCCAACAUUGUCGGCACGUGCGGGUUAACCUCCAAAAACGUUGGCCACACCGGAAUCCAGUUAAUCGAUCGGUUGGAAGAUAGAAUCGCCCACAGCACAUUGGAGAACAUCGGACCCGACGAGUUAAACCGACACACCGCUGGAAGCACCGCGUGGGGUGCGAGCGCACGAGAACGACGCCAUAUUGCCGGACAGUGCAUUUGCGCGGGACCAGAGGCCUUCCGAAGGAAGGCCUUUGUUUACAUCUUAUUUUCAGUUUCGCUUCGCGAGAAGGAAGUGACAUCGCGCUCCAGCGGCGGAGAAUAGGCCAGGUAGCGAGCAAGCUCUCGGAUCCGAGAGGGUCCAAUCACGG